GCCCUGUGGUAGGAGUCAAGACACAUCCAAGCAGGAGCACACAGAGUCAGAUCCUUCAAUGGAACUCCCAACCCCUCAUUCAAAAACAAUUGCUCCAAAGAAGUCUUUUUCAGUGGAAUACCCCACCUCCCCUCAACCGACGCUGGGAGAAGAUAUGCUUCAUUACAGUCACUCGAAGCACCCACUAGCGAAAGUUAUGCUGCCUGAACUCUUUACCUGUGCUGGUUGCAAGGAGUACGGCGCAGGCAAAAGGUUCACUUGCAAACAAUGUGAUUUUCAGCUGCAUGAGUUUUGUGCCUUAUCUCCUCCUGCUCUCAAGAAUCAUCCCCUCCAUGGCCAACACCAACUCGUACUCCAUCCUAAACCCAAAACAGGUGGAAUUGUAUGGCCAAGGUGUGAUGUUUGUGGCAAGGCCACCAAAGGUUUUACAUUCCGAUGCAGUGCCUGCAGUUUCCAGAUGCACCCUUGCUGUGCUAUGCUUUCCGGUGAAAUGAACUUUUCAACUCAUUCACACUCCUUAAAGCUCUUACCACCAAUGAUGACUUCAUCAUCAAAUACUGAGCCAGGGUUCGUCUGCGGUGAGUGCAAGAGGAAGAGAUCGGGUCGAUUGUACGGUUGCACCGUUUGUGAGUAUCACAUCCACGCAGUGUGUGCUAAGGCCAUGAUUAAUGGGCUCCAAGCCAAUGGCAUCAAACCCCCAGAAAAACCAAACAUGCUGGGGACUGCUGCUCGUCUCGCUUCUCAGGUGGUUAUAGAAUUCGUGGGAGGGCUAAUUGAGGGGCUUGGUGAAGGUUUCGGACAAGCUCUCAUUCAGAAUAGAGGAGGGAGGGGUAGAAGAAGAAUAGAAUAGAAUAGAAUGAACAUAAUGACUGCAUAAGCUAGUGUGUACAACGCUAGCUCUUCAUCAACUUUAUUCGUAUUCAUGAUUGAGAUAUUGG